AUGACCAGCAUUAGCCGCAAAAGGACACACGAGGAGCUCGGCAUGGCUCAAGGAGGCCUCCACACCACUUCUUGCCCUUCUUCUCUUGCAGAAUUAACACUGGACGGGCUGCUGAUAGAGUUGAAAGAGUGGGUAUUCGACCGCAUCGACGACCCGACGAGCUUCUACCACCUCUGCCUCGUGUCCCGGUCCUGGGCCUCUGUCGGCCGCGCGGCUGGGCUCCAGGCGCGUGCCAAGGACCGCUUUACCCGUCCCUCUGCAAUCACCACCUACCGCUCCACCCAAUGGGACGUCGAGCUGCUGACCUGGCGACUACCCAAUGGCCGGCCCCACGGCCCCGAGCGGGUCGCGAUAACGCCGCACCGCGUCGGCGGCAGCGGCUGCCAGGUCUACUAUGCCGAGCGGGUCUGGGUCGAUGGCGCCCUCGACGGCGACGAGAUCAUGUGGGAGAUCAACGCCGCACAGCGCCGCUGCGCUGGCAGCGUCUAUCGCACACACCCCUACAGCGGCAUCGACGCUGUGCUCGCCUGGCAGGCCGACCCCAACCACGCCGCUGAAGCUGCGGCCGCGGCCAAGGCCUACAAUUCGGGACCGAUCGCCGAGCAGACGGCGAUGACGAUGGCGACGGAAGGUGGUGAGGUGGUGGAUGACCGGCAGGCCGAGGCCAGGGCGCAGCUGGGCCGGUGGGCGCGGUGGGGCGUGGUAGUCUUGUGGCGGCGUUGGGCCGCCAGCGAGCUGGUCUGGCACGAGGAGCUGCUCGAGGAGAUGCUCGACGCCUACGGCGUAAGUGGGGCCUUGGAACCCGUCGAACAAUGA